CCCGACCAAAGCCAACCUCACUCCACCCUGGCGGCCUCGGCGCAUGCGCCCUGCGGCUGGCCAAUUUAAAAGGCGGCAGAGCGAGACACUGGCGGGUAUUGAGCGCCUCUGCACAAAUCUCGGCGCGGAGGGGGCCGAAGCGGAGAGGCGGCUUCGCCGGGGAAGGAGACAUGCUGGCGGCGGCGCUGCUGCUUCUAUGCCAGAAUGUGAAGCACUGGAAGAUGUCCAGGCUAUUAAUCUUCUCACCCUGAGCCAAAACUCUUGAUUUUUACCAGCGAGCAAUGUUUUAGAAGUUGUCCACUGCUGGCUAUAACAUGGCUGCAGACCUUUUGCUACUGAGCCACAAAAGAAAACAUAGGACUCUGAAAUCCUGCUCUGGAUCACCCUGAGGAGAACAGUGUCAGGUGCGCACAACUCUCUGAUGUUGCGGUGCAACGGUGGCAUGGCUCAGAGGGCCUGGGUCAGCAUGCUCUUCCAGAACCGCAAAGCCCAGCUAUUACUGGUCAACUCCCUGACAUUUGGCUUGGAGGUCUGUCUGGCUGCCGGCAUCACUUACGUGCCACCUCUCUUGUUGGAAGUGGGAGUGGAGGAGAAGUUCAUGACUAUGGUUCUGGGGAUUGGGCCAGUUCUGGGCCUAGUGUUUGUGCCACUCAUAGGUUCUGCCAGCGACCAAUGGCAUAGCAGCUAUGGCCGCCGCCGGCCUUUCAUCUGGGUCCUGUGUCUGGGAGUUUUACUGAGCCUUCUGAUCAUCCCUCAUGCGCAACGUCUGGCCAGCCUCAUUGCCUUGGAUACCCGCUCCCUGGAGAUCGCCUUCCUUAUAACGGGCAUUGGCCUGCUUGACUUCUGUGGCCAAGUCUGCUUCACCCCUCUGGAGGCUCUUCUCUCCGAUCUCUUCAAGGAGCCUGACAACUGCCGGCAGGCCUUCGCUAUGUAUUCCUUCAUGGUUAGCCUGGGAGGCUGCAUUGGGUAUCUGCUGCCGGCAAUUGACUGGGACAGUAGCUUCCUGGCUCCUUACCUGGGGAGGCAGGAGGAGUGCCUCUUCAGCCUCCUCACCAUCAUCUUCCUCAGCUGCGUCUUGGCCACUGCCUUUGUCACGGAGGAAGUGGUAGCUCAGGUAGAAGUGCUGGCAGGCCCUGCAAUGAAGGAUUCCUCCAAGUCCCCACCUCUGGCCUGCUGCUCUUGCUGGCUUCCAAAGAACUUUCUGAGGACCAGGCAUCUGGUCCAGGCCUUCAGGAGCCUGUGCGCCUUAGCCCCACGCCUCCACGGAGUCUGCUGCCGCAUCCCCAAGGUCAUCCGGCAACUUUUUGUGGCUGAGUUCUGCAGCUGGAUGGCCCUCAUGACCUUCAUGCUGUUCUACACGGACUUUGUUGGGGAAGGACUGUAUCAGGGAGUUCCCAGAGCUGAGCCAGGCACAGAAGCCAGGCGACACUACGAUGAAGGGAUUCGAAUGGGUAGCCUGGGCCUCUUUCUCCAGUGCAUCAUCUCCAUCAUCUUCUCGACAAUCAUGGACCGGAUGGUGAAGCAGUUUGGGACACGAAUGGUCUACCUAGCCAGUGUGGCCUUAUUUCCGCUGAUGGCCAUCAUCAUGUGCUUCUCUCAGAGUGUUGUCAUCGUCACUGUUUCUGCUGCCCUGACAGGCUUUCCUUUCUCAGUGCUGCAGAUCUUGCCGUACACACUGGCAUCGCUUUAUCAUCAUGAAAAACAGAUAUACUUGCCCAAAUAUAAAAGUAAAGAAGAAGAUGCAGCUCAGCUGGAGAAGAAACAUGGCUUCCUCAAGAGCCACCUUCCUGGGCAAAAAGUGACCUACCAGAAUGGACACGGUGGAAGCCUUUUCUCCCCACCUGUUGCAGGCUCGGCUCUUUGCGUCAGCUCGCCCUGUGAGGUCUCUCUCAUCAUGAUGGUGGGAGACUCGGACACGGCAGCAGCAAGCCGUGGCAUCUGUUCAGACUUGGCCAUCCUGGACAGUGCAUUCCUCCUUUCUCAGGUCAUCCCCUCCCUCCUCAUGGGCUCCCUUGUCCAGUUCACACAGUCCGUCACCGCUUACAUGGCAUCAGCCACUGGCUUUGGCCUGGUGGCCAUUUACUUUGCAACCAAAGUGAUCUUCGACAAAAGUGACAUGGCCAAGUACUCUGUGUAGGAGGGGGAAAGGCUGCCGAGGGAAUUUCGCACAUUGAAACGGGUCAACCAAGAAGAGUCAAGUGGUGCGCAUUGCGGCCUCUUUAUUCCUGCCAGGUUGUGCUGUAAUGAGACGUGCAAAAAACAGAAAGGAAAAGCAACCCAGCUCCCUCUGGUUGAAGGAAAAGCAGUGCUAGGCUGAUCUCAGGGUAUCUAACGAAAGGGAGUCUGGUUUACUGUUGUCUGUUUCUCCCUAAUACCUUCAUUGAAGUGCCUUUGCACAGAAGCCCGCAGCAGAUGCUUGCGGGUGUGAAAAGUAAAAUGCCAUCCUUUCUGCAACAGGGUACUUGCUCUGAUAGCUUUGUCACAUGGCAUGGUAGGAUGGUGACACAGUUCAGGAAGGGACCAAAGCUGUAAUUAACCUCACUUCUUAAGCCCCUGCUCACACCACUGCAAAUGGGAAGGGGGUGGGCGCUGAGCUUCAUUUGCUGGACUCUCUCCAGAACUGUGUGGCCUGCAAGCCCCAACCCCACGCGGUCUGAAGCAAAGGAGCCUGCUUGGCAUGAGUGGGCUUUCAGCAGGAUUCAUUAACAUUGCAGGCCCUGUGCUUCAGACAUGGACACAAUUGCCCUCACAAGCCAAUAGGACUUUAGUUGUGCCUUUAAUACAUUGCUGUUGCUUGGUCUUCAUGUGUGAAUACUGAGUCGUCAUGCCCAUGUAACAUAACAUUUUGCGUAUUGGUGUGAACCGGGGG